AGGCAGUCACACGCACAGCCCCGCACUCGGCUCUCGAGUCAGGAGACCCUCCCCGAAAAAAAAAUUUGAAGAAGACAAGAAUCGAGAUUGAGACUUGAAAAUGUUGCAGAGGGCAGCUUCCAAUGUGUCCGACAAAACAAAGAGCAGCAAACCGAAGCGCUCGACAAGCUUUGGGAGAUUUGAAGGUCUCAGACAUAAUCCUGCCAAAGCAGAGGAGAAUGGAACAAAUACGCUACCUGAAGAAUGUGAGAGCUUGGAGGCAAACAAGUCUGCUGGGAUUGGGAAGAAAAUGAAGACCAUUUCACUGACCAUGCGCAGAAAAAUGGGCAAAAAACACGCCAAAUCCUUUUCCGAGGAGACGUGUAAUGACACAGAGACUGAGGGGACACCGGCACCUGAAAAGAACUCGACAAGGGCUAGCAACUCUUUGGAAAGUCUUUACAGCGGCCAAAGUUCCUCAAGUGGUGUAACCAGCGAGUCCAUCAGUUCUGGUCAGAGGGACAGUCUGAGGUUGGAGGAGGACGGCUCCUAUCAGGGUCAGUUCUGCGGCAGAGCUCGUGUCCACACAGACUUCGUCCCCAGCCCUUACGACACGGACUCCCUCAAACUCAAGGCUGGUGACAUCAUCAGCAUCAUCAGUAAGCCUCCGAUGGGCAUCUGGACAGGGAUGCUCAACAACAGGGUGGGAAACUUCAAGUUUAUCUACGUGGACGUUUUGGUGGAGGAGGAAAAAGAAAAGGAAGAAGGAGAAGAAGAAGACGAUGAGAAUGACGAUUCGCCCAAGAUACGACAACAGAAAGUGUGCCAAAGACCUCGACCCAAAACGUUGCUGGAGUUAUUGGAGCGAUUAAAUCUGGAGGAGUACGCUUCUGCUCUGCUGCUCAACGGCUACCAGACGGUGGAGGACCUCACCCACCUCCAGGAAAAACAUCUCAUCGAGCUCAACGUCAAAGACCCCGAGCACAGACGCAAGUUGCUGGCUGCGUCCCAGUCUCACUACUCAGAAGGUGACGACGUCAAAGACGCAGAAGAGAGCAAAUCCUCAGGCGGCCCGCAGGAGGAAGACAGCGACUGUCCUCGGGACUCGGGCUGCUUCAUCCCGUCCGAGUGCUCCGACAGCAAGGAGGACGCAGACCAGCUCACGCACGCCGCGGCUUCUUAAAAUUUGUACGCAUCCAAAGGACGCAUCCGUUUAAAAAGUGUGACCGAGCCACGUGGAUACUUACAAAUGUUACCACGUGCAGAAUCGCUCUCGAUUUUGGUUUUGGUGAUAUACUGUACUUGACAUCAUAUCGUCACAUUUUCAACAAUAAUCACCAUGUCGUUCUUGUUUCUCUGGUGUUUAUUUCUGUGAGAUUGUGUUCAAAAUCACCACUUUAUCGUAUUUAUUUCAUUCGGAAUCAUCGUGUAUUUUUACGUCUUUAUUCUGUCGUUGCAGACUCCCACAUGACACCCUGUCGACAUUUAUUGUGACCUUUAUUUUCUAUGAAUAAAGUGAUGAAUGGAAUAUUUUGUUGGGAUGGGAUUGGGAUAAUGUAUGAAAUCCAAAGUUGCCUUUGUGUAUACUGUAUUCCUAUUUUACUUUGCAGUAAAUAAAUGUGCUUGUAAGAAUGGU